AUGGAUGCCGAAACCACUCUUCAUGCCCUUGUUUCUUGUCCAGUGGCUGCUGCUGUAUGGAACCGCGUGGGGAUAGGAACUUUGUUGCAUCAGCAAAUGUCCUUCCUUGACUGGUGUAUGGAGCGGUUUACAAUGUUGAAUACAGACCAAUCUUACGUGCUUGUGGCGGUAUGUUGGGCACUUUGGAAUGCUAGGAAUGACAAGGUUUGGCAAAACAAAUCUGUAGGAGUCGAGAGCAUUGUUUUUUCGGCUACAAACUACCUUAAUCAAUGGCAUAUUGCUCAAAAAUUAAGCAAUGAAUUGCUUUUCUCUGGGUACAUCCCGGGAGACGGUGCUGAGCAAUGGAAUGCCCCAAUUGAUAGUAGUAUUAAGGUUAAUGUUGAUGCAGCGGUGUUUAGUGAUUCCUCAUCUUAUGGAGUCGGCUUUGUGGCUAGAGAUCGUGGUGGCCUCCUUGUGGAAGGUGGUAUAAAGCUUUUCCAUGGUUCAACGACGCCGGAAGUAGCAGAAGCUAUUGGUGUUCGAGAGGCCUUAAGUUGGAUCACAGACCAUCCGUGGACCAACGUCACCUUGGAAACCGACUGUCUCUCGGUUGUUCAAUCUAUGCGAAGUUCUAUGUCCAUGGUUUUGAUGUUUGGCAAAGUGAUUAGUGAAUGUAAAACCUUAUUUCAUGCUUUGCAUAAUGUUUCUUUUUAUUUUGUAAAGCGAUCAGCAAAUAUAGUUGCUCACUCUUUUGCUAGAGCUGCUAUAUCCCACCCUGAUCAUCGUUUCAACUUGGACAAUGUUCCUGUUGAGUUGUUGCCUUGUUUGGUAACUGAAUUAAUCGUUUAA